AUGACACCCUCCCAAAACCAAAUCGCUAAACACUUCCGCACCCUCCACAACCCACAAGACCCUCUAAUCCUCACAAACGUCUACGACGCCAGCACCGCCUCCAUCAUAGCCUCGCUCCCCACAACCCGCGCCAUCGCAACAGCCUCCUUCGCCGUCGCAGCCACACUCGGCGUCGACGACGAAAACCUCACAAAAGACCAGAACCUCUCCGCCCUGCAAAUCAUCAUCUCCGCCGUUCACCGUGUCAACCCUGCCCUCCCCGUCACUGUGGACCUGCAAGACGGCUACGGCAAUGAUCUUCCUGCUCUAGCGGCUACUAUCAAGGAGGCGAUUGCGCUCGGUGCGGUGGGGUGUAACCUCGAGGACAUGGAUAAUGCAGCUGGGACAUUGAGGUCGCUGGAUGAGGCUGUUGCGCGGGUGCGGACUGUCGUUGAGGCGGCGAGGGAGGCUGGGUGUCCUGAUUUUGCACUGAAUGCCCGGACGGAUGUGUUGUUCCAAGAGGGGAAGACGUUGGCAGAUGCUAUUGAGAGGGGGAAGGCGUUUUUGGUGGCAGGGGCUUGUACGGUGUUUGUUUGGGGGGGGACCCGGUGGACGGGGGGUGUCGAAGGAGGAGGUGCAGAUUUUGGUGAAGGAGUUGGAUGGGAGGGUGAAUGUGAAGAUGAAUUUGAGAGAUGGGUUCUUGGGGGUUAG